GGGACGUGUGGACAAAGGCCUCUGCAGGCUGGAGGUGUCACGGCGGGAACCUCUAUUACUUCUCCCAAGAAGAGAAGUCGUGGGAUGAGGCUGAGCAGUUCUGUGUGUCUCAGGGCUCACACCUGACCUCCGUCUCGUCCCAGGAUGAACACGAGUUUCUCUCCAAGGAGAUCCGGGGAAAAAACCACUGGAUUGGACUCACCGACCUGGGCACUGAAGGCCGCUGGCGCUGGGUGGACGGCUCAGAAUACAGAGCAGACGCCAGCAGCGGCAAACCUGCAUUUAAGGAAGUAAAGAUACAAGUUUCUGGGUUGGAUUCCCAGAAGCACUUGGGGUUUGCUUACCUCUCCUUCACCGAAGCCAAUGGAAGAACUUCUGUGGGAGCAGAG